AUGAAAACCUUGGCCGAGGCGAAGCAGGAUAGAAGCGCGGGGGCGCCCUGGGAGAGCCAGAAGAAGACGCGCAGGUGGGCCCUCCGCGCCAUCGCGCGCAGCGGGCCCCGGGCGCGAGUCCUGCAGGAAAUCGACUGGCAAUGCAACGGGGCCCGAGCGUUCCACGAGCCAAAGACACCGCGCCCGGCGCCCAGGAUAUCGCCACCCACCCCACUGAAUCUGCCGAGGCUCGAAGAGGCGCGAGGCGAGACGGGCGAGGUCGGCGCGUGCCAGGUUGCGGCCCGCCAGAAGGCCGGGGCCCCACUGGACCCUGGGAGGCUCGGCGGGAUCGACGAGGACUCUGGCCCGCAGCUCCCGACCGACGGAGACAGCCCCCGCAUCGCGAUCCAUGACUACCCGCCGCCCCAAGUGCUCAGCUGGAGCCGCCCGCAGCUCCUCGACCGCUCGGCCGGGGGCGGUCUCGCUGCGGUCGCGGGCAAGUCCGACACGCAGCUGCGCCCGCCGAUGGCCAGGCCGGCGGACGUGACCGCGAACCCAGAGGUCCUCAGGCCAGCCUCCGAGCUCACGAGCGACCAGACAACCAAGCUGGCGCGGGUGAUGCUGAAAUCCGUCCUGGAUCCCGAGAGUGUGUGCGCCGAUACGGACGGGACCUCGGCCGAUGAUGUGGUGGAGCACGUGAAACUCGUUUCAGGCAUCCGCGCUGUCUUGGCGCCGCGCGACACGUGCAGCCAGUCGCAGCUGACGUCCGUCCUCGUCGCACACGCUCGGGUGAAGGAGUCCAAGUGGCAGCUGGACGACACCGCCGAGAGCUGGGCCGAUCAGGCAAAGAUCAAGGCGCGAGACAGGGAGCCCUACGCGUGGCUGGAGGACCACUUCCCAGAGGUGGUGCAGGAAGCAAAGACGAAGGCCGCGGGCGAAAACUACGACUACGAGUGGGACAACAACAAGAAGGCGGCGUACCGCCAGAAAGGCCCUGCUAAGAGGCGCUCGCCGCCAGAGUACGGAGUGCCCAUGAAGGGGCAGCAGCCAGACGAGGAGCUCGCCUUCACGUGGCCAGACGAGGCGGUGUGGAAGGUGCCAGGAUACACGGUGCGCGAGCACCAGGCCAACGUUUCCGACAAGAAGGGUGGCUCGAGCGGCGAUCUGCACCAUGUGGAUACGGAUCAGGGCUCCGUCACCGUGACGAAGUACUCGAGGCCGCCCGCUAAAGCUGGCGCCGACAGGCAAGAGUUCGUCGCCGUCUGGAUCAAGAAAGAAGGCGAUAAGAGGCCAGCGAUGGUCGGGCAGGUGACGGUGAAGCCACAUUUCGAGAAGCUCGAGGAGUUCAUGAUCAAGCUCGCGAAGAAUUACGCAGGAGACUUCAGCCAGGAGAAGUUCGAGCUCGCUAAACAGGAGUACCUCAAGAGCUAUGGCGGGUACGGCGGGCACAAAAAGGCGGCGAAGAAAAGGCCAGGGGCGGCGGAGCCAGCGAAGCCAGUCGAGGACGAGGCAGUGAGGAAGGACACAAAGAAGGAUGACCCCGAGCAGAAGCGCCCCCCAAAGAAGGACAAAACGACGAAGAUGGGGGAAAACCCUGAGAAGAAAGACUCCAAGAAGCGCAUGCGCAGCCCAGAGAAGAGGCGGGUGGAGGGUGGCAGGGGCGAAGACGAGCGCUGCGUGGGGGGGCGCAUCGGCAGCCACUCUGGCUCAAGGACAACACGCAUGCCGCGCGAGCAGCCCGCCGUCAAGUUUGCAGAUAUCAGGAAGUACGCCGUGAUAGUGCCGAUGAGUCAGGAGGAGGCGGCGAAGAAGGCUGCAAGCGAGUCGGAGGACGAGCAGCUCCAGGACAUCGCUGAGCAGGUUAAGAAGGCAAAGGCGGCCAGCAUGGCGACGCUGAAGAAAGAGCAGGAGCGCAUCGUGGCUCGCAUCGCGGCUGAUGGUGCAGCAGAAGAAGAGGGCUCGAAGGAGUGUCUGAUAUCGGCGAUCGACUGCGAGAUCAGAGCCAUCAACGACGAGAUGGCAUGCCAUCCAUGCCCCGACGAGCGCACGAUGGAGCAUGCGAACAUCAGGCUGGGACAGUUCUUUCAGUCUGGGCUCGUACAGAAGAUGGCAGCGUUGAAGAAAGCAGAUCCCAGCUUCAACUACGAGGAUGAGGAAAAGCUCCCAGAAGAAGGUGAAGAUGCGGACGACGGCCUCAGUAAGAAAGACAAGGAGGAGAAGAAAUUCUAUGAGGAGCUGGAAAAGAACAACUUCAUGUUCACCACGGAGACGAGAUCGGGAAACAAAGUCGGUGGGCGUUGGAGCAAGGCGCUAGCGGCGUCCGAGAAGCUGAGGAGGGACUACGCGGAGCAGAAGGGAUGGCCAGCCCAGCGGACGUUCAGAGCGAACUGGCUCAAGCUCGAGAAGGCGGCUUGGGAGAAGACGGUGACGUACGUGAAAAAGGAGACGCAUGAGAAGGAGGAUAAGAAAAAGGGCGAAUACGUCACCCUGAUGAGGCUGGCGUGGCUCAAGGGUGGCGGCACCGCGGGCCUCCGCCUGGCGCUGAAGCACGCGUCGAACGCGAUGCUGCUGGGCGGGUACUGGGUCCGGUGGGACGACAUGUCCGAAUCAGUGGAGUUCUUGAACAUCAAGCACCAGCUAAUCGAGACUUUCAAGAAGAGCUGGUCGAAGCAUAAAUCGUGGGUGGAGCAGAGGACUGCUAUCGAAGGCCCAGCACCGUCACGUGCAAUCGCGGGUGGUGUCAACCAGCUCCGCGAUGAGGAGAAGAAUGCCGACAGGGAGAACAAGGACAAGGUGGGUGACAAGGGUACGUCCAUGAAGGAGGAGUCUAAAGAGGACAAGAAAGACAAGACGGCAAAGAAAGACAAGAAGCACAAAACAGAAAAACAUGAGGUUGAGGAGGAGACAGCCUCGGGUGAUGGCAAGGCGCACAAGAAAGACAAGAAGGCUACGGACGGCAAGGAUGCCAAUAAGGACACAAAGGACAAAGACGGCAAGAAAGACAAAAAGGACAAAGACGACAAGACAGAUAAAAAUGACAAAGACGAGAAGAACGACAAAAAGAACAAAGGCGAGAAGAAAGACAAUAAGGAUAAAUACGACAAAGAAAAGAAGAAGACGCCAGAAUUCCUCGUCAAGUUCAGGUCGCUGAAGCAGAACUACGACUGGGCAAUCAGCCAGCAUGCCAAGCUCGACGGGCUCAUCAAGUCCAAGGACCAGUCAUGGAAGAUCGUCGGCAAGCUUCGUGAGCCCAUGGACCUUGCGAUGCAGGCCGUGAACGCCAAGUGUCAAGAGCACGGCCUCCUGUCGAUGAUGGCCCUUGCGGAAGCGCAGUACAAGAAGCAGGUGGGUGAUAAAGAGUUCGAGAACGCCGUUCAGAAGGCGAACGCUACGCUGACCCAGAACGUCACUCAGCUGGCCUCAGAGGUGAGAUGUGAUAUCUACAAGGGCAGGGAGCUGUUGGAGGCCGCCCGUGCACUGGUGACGUGGGUGCAGACAGUGCGUGAGUCUGGAGCCCAGCUGACGCGUGACCAAUACCAGACUCUCCUGGACUGUGCCAACCGCACGCUGGCAUAUGCCGACCAAGCGGGAGUUUGGCCUACACCGAAGUUCCACACGUUCGGCCAUGUCACUGCCAGGAGCUGGCGCAUGGGAAACCCAUCGGUCUACGACACUUUCGUCGACGAGGCCCUGAACCUCGCAUUGCGGACCUGUGCAGAGAGGAGCCACAGGUGCAGCACUAUCGUGGACAGUGACUCCGACACGGAUCGCGCCAACGGCGUGGUGCCUCGGCCUGGCUCUUCCGACAUAGUGGAGUACGAGAUCUACGACGGUUGCCACAUGGAGAAGAGGUCGCCGCUGCAGAAGAGAAGGAAGAUCACGCUGGCCACGAGGAGUGCCCAGCUGAUGGGCAUCAUGGCAGGGCGAGAAGAAGUGCGCAUCAAGAAAGUAAGGACUGGCUCAUUGGAGCUCUGUCCGCCAUCGAAGGAUAAACAAGAGCUCGAGGCGACCGACGGUCGGACAGCUGGUCGGGCGAGUCGGGCGCCUGUGACGCCGACGAAGGGCCGCGAGGAAGCGCGCACGAGAGCUAAGAACGCUGCCCCGACCAGCGAUCACCGUAAGGAUGACGAGUCGACGUCAGACUUCUCCGAGUUGCCGCCCGAAGACCCUAACAUAACUAGAGGAAUGAAUAAGGCGAUACAGAACGCGAGGAAGAGCAGUGCCGACAACGACAAGAAAAAACACUGGUACUACCGCAAGAAAAACGGUGUCUGGCUCAAGUCGUGGGUUACCGCAGAUGAAACGCAGAAGAGGCCGAAGCGGCAGAUUAGUCCCACUGUGCCCCACCGUUCAAGGCCGACGUCCGCGCUGAAGGCUCCAGAGAAGGAGGCAGAGUGGCAGGCAAAGUCGCGGCCAUGGCCAUGGCGUGCUGACAGCUCGUGGUGGAACUCGGGGUGGACUGCCGAUGCCUCGUGGAAGAAGGCUUCCGAUGAUGCCUCGUGGAAGAAUGCUUCCGAUGACGACGACUCGUGGGGCAAGUGGACUGGCGAGACCGACUGGCGGUCGGGAUCUGGCUGGUGA